UGAACUGCCACCGGCGCCUGUGCAAAGACCACGCUCAACUCAUUCCAAUCCUUCCUCACCCGCCGCCGCCAUGGCAGAUAUACCAGACAGGCAGACGUUGAUGGACAUGAAGCGCCCAGAGCUUCAGCGGCUCUGCAAGGAGCACCAAUUGCGAGCCAAUCUAUCGAACGUCGAACUCAUCGCUUCGCUCAUCCACUACGUUGACAACGACAGAGAUGGCGCCGAAUCCGAUGCAGCCCCAGAUACUGCCCCGCCCACCCCUGCCCCCGCCCCCGUACCUCUGCAAAGGACAUCAUCCCGCCGCGCGCUGAGUCGCGCUACAAGUCGGUCGGUAGGUAGCGUCACCGACAACAGCAUCGGCAAGCCCCAGUCCAACGUCGAGAACCACCAGCCGCUCCCUCCACCCGUCCCAUCCCCCGCCCGUGCCAGCAAGGCCAAGCAACAGACAAGACUUGGAGUCGGUCGGCCCAAGGUUGCCGGAGGCGCCGGUGCGAGGGCCGUUACCAAGACCUUCAGCACAUCGAAGCGAGGCAAGGGUGCCAGCAGGACGGUCAAGCCGACCGAAGCAACAAUACCCGAGGAACCCACCAUCAUCUCUCCUGUCCCUCAAGCCAACUUUGAGUUCCGCUUUGACAUGGACACCGGCGCAGGACCUUCGGGCACUCAGCAGUCUGGCGAACCGUCGACCCAGGAUACAACAAUGUCCGCUCUCUUUGCGCAGCCAUCGCAGGACUCGCACGAGUGGGCGAACCUUCUGAACUCACAACAAGCAACUGAGCUCUUCUCGUCGAUGGACCCCCAGCCAGCUAUCACUGCCGCCAUCCAGCCCAUCCAAGAGCAACUGAAAUCCCUGCAGAGCGAGAUGUUCUCAAUACGGUCCACCUACGCUGCCGAAGUCGCUGCUCUCAAAGGCCAACUCGCCCAAGCACAGACCACGAUCACGUCUUUGACCACCCAGCUGGAUGAGCUUAAGCCGCAGAUCACGAAGAUCCGGGGAGAUGCGGCGAUCUCUGUCGCGCAUAACGGCCAACUUCACGCGCAUGCUUUCGAUAUCCAGCAACUGAAGGAUAAGGUCGCUAUCCUAUCGAGGGCGGUGCCGUCUGGCGCAUCCUCGUCUCGUUCUGCAUCUCCAGGGGGAUCUGUUCGCGCGAUUUCUCCGGCGCAGCGCGCUCUAGCUCAGCAACAGACAGCUUCGUCAUCGCCUGGUCGCCGUGCUCGUAUGGACUCCCAGCCUUCUCCGGCUCCUACGCCUGGGCCAAGCUCGGUCCCAGCCGGUCACCCAGGUUACGCGCCGAGGACCCUAGGCAAGCGCCAUCGUGAUUCUGCCGCCAGCUCAACCGCGGAUGUGCUCGAGCAGAGCCAGGCUUCCCAGCUCACUGAGGAGGAACUGUCCCAGCAGGCGGUCCGCCCGGACAGGAAGCGUGCCAGGACGAUCCCGGACAUCGAGGUCGAGGACACAUCUGCGGAUGAGGAAUUGCCCAACGAUGACUCUAUCGUCGUACCUGCGCCGCAUCAGCUUCAGCCUUUCACUGUAUUCCGGGACCCUAGCCCUACGCAGCGUUCAGACGAAGACGAGGAGCCAAUCUAUGACCAGAACGCGCCGCCAACGAACUCAAUCAAUUCCUGGCUCGCUCCGGCCUCAUCACAGGACGCCUUCCGCGAGGCCUUCUCCAUUAUCGAAACAGAGGACGAGCCCGCACCCCAGAACAUCACGCCCGCCGCGGGCCCCGCCCCCCAGUACAGCGGCAACCACCACUUCCCCAUGCCCGAGACGCCCGUCUCGCCGACGCCCGAGAGCGGGCACCCCGCGCAGGGCUACUUCGGGCAGCAGCGCCGCAGCCCCGCGCGCGACGACAUGUACUCGAUGUUCGGCCUGCCGUCGCCGACGCGCCCGACGCUGCGCACGCCGACCGCGGUGCGGCGCAUGUCCGGGCAGGCGCCGGUGGACCCGACGGCGCUGCUGAGGAAGGGCGGCGGCGGGGAGGGGUCGGGCCUGCCGACGCUGGCGGAGCUGAUGGAGACGAGCCCGCCGUCGCCGACGGAUCCGGAGAGCAGGACGAUGUAUGGGACGGAGAUUGAGAAUGAUACGCGGUUUGCGGAUUUUGGGAUGAGCCAUAUUGUGACGAGUUCGCGGGGGUUUUGGGAGCCGUCGGGGAUGUAGAGGAGGGUCGGGGCUUUGAAGAAGGAUGGUUGAGCUCGAAGAGAGGUGCAUGAAGGACUCAAUGCAUGAGGUAUCUAUGUCUUUAACCCUAUGCAGCUAUGCAGACGGCUCGAUGAAGCAGCGUCCCUUCGCGCGUCGUCGAGCCGUCUCCCAUGCCAGCCUACUUGUCUGUUGUCGUGUUAUGGUGUUAUGCUUGUCGCGCUCUUUCCAAUUGUGUAACUUGUGUGUUCGUGAUGUGUCCGGGGGCAGCUGUCUGGUAUGAGAAUGAGCUGGUGCGAU